CGUUCCGUCCAAGCUUCCUCCGCCAGGAUGCGCUUCAAAGCGUCAAUCCAAAAUAUCUCGAUAUUUACCAAACUUACCGCGUCGCUGAACUCGCUGGGCAACUUUGCGUGGGUCAAGCUCAGCGACAACCAGGUCUGCUUCACGAUCAUUCCGGAGCAGGGUACACAAGUCUGGGCUGUUCUAUCGAUCGACUCCAUUUUCGAGGUCUACAACAUCCAAUCCGCCGCCAACAAUGUGGUAAACCUCGAAGUCCCCCUCGCCUCUCUCACCAGCGCCCUCCGAUCCGCCCUCCAAGCCACCUCUGCCUCAAUACGCCUCACGAAGAAGGACAACAUCCCCCUCCUCGCCCUUACCAUCAUCACGACCUCAUCCAUAAACCCACGCGGCGCAAUCAGCACAACAGGCAGCAGUCAGGAAGAAGGCGCCUUCGGCAAUGGCUACGAGGAGUCUGCCUUUGGCCGCGAGCGCGAAACCAUCGUGACUCAAGAGAUCCCCGUGAAGGUGCUGAGCGCCGACUCGGUGUCCGGCCUGCACGAGCCACGCUGCCGCGAGCCAGACGUCCACAUCAUGUUACCCCCGCUGGCGCAGAUCAAGGGCAUUAGUGACCGGUUCACGAAGCUAGCGUCCGUCGGGGCGAAGGCAGGUGCGGGAUUGACGGCGGCGAAUGCGCCUCGCUCGCGGCUAGAGCUGUCUGCCAAUAUGCACGGGUGCUUGAAGCUGAGCAUCCGGACGGACGCGAUGAACAUUAGCAGCGUGUGGACGGGGUUGACGAACCCCGAGCUCGAUCCGAGUCAGGUGCAAGGAGGGGAGGAGGGCAUUGCGGAGCAUCCCAGCACGCGGAUGAAGGCGCUCGGGAGUGCAGACGGGCGCAGCGACGAAGGUUGGGCAACUGUUCGGAUUGAUGGUCGAGACUGGGGGAAAGUUAUGUCAGUUGGACGUCUGGGUGGCAGAGUCAUUGCAUGCUUCUGCCAUGAACACGCAUUGAUCCUCUACGUCUAUCUUCCGAAUGACAAUGAAGGGGAGGACGAGUCAGUGUUGACGUACUACAUGAGCUCCUACAGCGCUUAGCUAGCGAAGCGCCGCAAAUCACUACGACUAGGUAAUGAGAUUUCUUGGCAGCAUUUCUCUCCAAUCUAUGGAACGACGGAACGACGAUGAAAAGAUGACCUAUAGCCGGCAUCGGUCCAGGACCCUUAAUGAUAUCCAAAACAAAAUAAGGAAGUAUAAGGUACUACUUUCAUCCUGGCGUAAUACUACCCCAAAGUGUCAUACCCUUCGCAGCAUAUUCCACCGGCUUCCCCCAGCAUGCCCUCGUAGAGACACAUUCCGGCCCCCAAACACCCGCGCCACACUCCCGCGCAACGACGUCAAAGACACCAGCCCCCACAGUCUGCCUUAACACUCCAAAUAAACGGACGCACACAAGAGCCUCCUAAAGUCUAGUCACGAUAAGGUUGCAAGUGGCUGGUUCACUACACCAACCAACCAAGGUUCCAGUGCACCGCCACCACUCCGUGACCUUUGGCGGCACAGCACGGCCCACUCAUCGCGUA